AUGAAACAUGUGCAGGGUGAGAUUUUCAAGCUGAGCAAAACCAGUGAAGUGUGAAAUUGAAGGAGGUAUCAUGUGCUCUUUCCAUGUGGGGAAUAAUAUCUUUGUCAACUGAGGAGCAUUAAGAGGCAAGACAUCAUUGAAUUUGAGAUGGCCGCGAUGUUCAACAAUAGUGAGUUUCGGGGCAGAAAUCGUAACAUUCCAUUCGUUGAAACAAUCAGUCACCUCUAGACAGCGAAGGGAUGUAGCAACAAUCUCAAACUUAUAUGGCAAUGUGCACCUUCUCAAGCACAAGAAUUCAAGAUAGGACCUAUUGAUUGGCUCUCAGCUCUUACCUUCCUGCUUUUGCAUUCUUUAUAAAGGGUUGCAAGAUGCGCAAACGAAUUUAGAUAUCAAAAAUUUCGCAAAUGAAAAUCUAUAUAUACCUUCUCUAGGUGGCUUCGGCAGCUUUGCCUAGUGCUUCGGCAGAGGUUAUUCUUUCUUCUUCUUUUCUCUCUGCAUUGUUGCCUCUAUCGUAGCCCCAUCUGCCUCUCUCUUCUCAAUCUGCAAUUUUUGCUUUUUUCGGCAAUUACAUGUUGUGGCACCUGGCCAGCCUUGCCAAACGACGUCGUGGCACCUCUUUGACAUAGUGAAUAAGUGAAACCCCGCGUUUCAUUGGUUUUGCCUUAUUUUGGAGAGACUCUGCUCAAGCUCUUGCCUUCCUGCUUUUGCAUUCUUUAAAAAUGAUUGAAAGUUAGUAUGAAUCAUCUUUACUAAUAUACCACUUUUGUAAAUUAGGUCACUGUUUAUUUGGAAUGAACUCACUUUAAAGGUGACACAGAGUAAAGUAGUACUUGUUGCUAGUGAGAGCAGUUCCACUGCAAUAAUUGUGUAGCAUAUUGGAAACAAGCCACUGUAGCAAUGUGUUGCACAAUUGUUGAAGUGGAAUUGCAGGCAAGAAGACUACCUACUGCAAUGGCAUGUCUUAGUUCCUCCCAACUCAUUGGAAGGAAAGCUGCUGUUGUCAAUUUGGAACCUGCUAACGAUGCAUUGCCCUAUGAAUGUGCUGUGAACAUAGAGGAUCUUAGAAAACUAAGUGAUGUAGUGGUGGAGCACACCCUUGGUCCAAAUGGAGAGAAGCCAGGAGGUGAUUCUGGACGCUGCAAUAAGCAGGAAGAAUGAAUUACAAUCAGUUUCAUAAUCAAAACAAAUCAAAGAAGAGGAGAAUCCUUCAGAAAGAGGACAACCCACAACAGAUUUGAGCAUCCUAGAGCAUCACCUUCAUCUACAGACAAUUCCAAUUGCUU